AUGUCUUACAUCGUGGGCCUGAACAGCGGCUCAUCUUUUGAUGGCGUUGAUGUUGUUCUCUGCCAGAUCAGUAUCGCGGAGGAUGGACACCCUUCCCGACCUCAAUAUGUAGAUGGCCUUACCGUGGACUGGCCACCAGAACUAUCGCCACUCAUCCUCCGAGCCUUCAACAACGACCUGACCAUCUUCGAGAUGACGCGCCUGAACUACGCCGCCGGCGCGCUCUACGCCGAAGCCGCCAAUGGCCUCAUCCAGAAGAACAACCUGAAGCCACAAGAUAUCGACGUCAUCGGCUACGAUGGCCAGACCAUCUACCAAGAGCCCCCAGACCGGGUCAAAGAACGCGAGUACGUCCAGAGCGGCAACAAGAGCCUCGUCGACCGCUGGCUCAAAGGCGGCUACCCGUGCGGGUUCUUCAUCGCCGAGUCCGGCGUCGUCGCCGCCCUGACGGACGUCGACACCGUCACCCAGUUCCGACCUAUCGAUCACGCCCUCGGAGGAUCCGCCGCGCCGCUGAUGCAGUAUCUCGACUUCGUCGCGUUUCGGAACGACGGCCCCACGGUCACGCUCAACAUCGGCGGGAUAGCCAACUUGCAACUUGCGGAUGCGGACCGCAGCAAGAUGAUGGCGUUCGAUACGGGUCCUGGGAACGUCAUGAUGGAUCACGUCUGCAAAGCUCGCACGGGACUGGGCUACGACAAGGAUGGACAGCUCGCGGCGCAGGGUCAGAUCAUUCCCGGUCUACUUGAAGAUCUGCUAAAGCACGACUUCUUCAAACGGAAGCCGCCGAGGUCUGCGUGGCGGCUUGACUUCGGCGCUGCCUACGCGGAUGCCGUCCUCGAGAAAUAUGCUACCGAGUCCACGGAGGAUCUGCUCGCGACUUUGACGCGGUUUACCGUGGUAUCGAUAUCGAACAGCCUGGCGGACUUCAUCCUUCCACGAGCCAAGGUGUCGCGAGUCGUGGCUUCCGGGGGCGGGACGCGGAAUGCGACGUUGAUGAGAGACCUGGGGAAGGAAGUUGCUCGUCACGGGCCGGAGCUAGUGACCAGCGACGAGUAUGGGAUGCCCUCCGCCUACAAGGAAGCCAUCAAGUUCGCGACCCUGGCGUUCGCCAACAAACGGAGUCUUGCAAAUAACAUCCCGGCUGCUGGGGGCGCUGUCAAGUUUGCCUCUCUUGGUAAGCUCAGCCUGGCACCUCGGAAAGCUAAGAACGCGGAGCCAGUCAUUGGGAGAAAUGAGAGAGUUUUGGGUCUGGUGUCCCACCAUUCGGUCUCAUCGUAG